AAUCACAUUUUCUUGAAUUUCUGCUCUCGUAUAGCAAUAAAUAAAUAAUAAAACGUUAGAUUUGUUUUAAUUUUAGCCGUGUUUGUGUGUUGCCGGCGCGCAAUUGUUUUCAGCGCUGUGGGGCGCUGUUGGUGAAUUUAUUUUCUCCUCUCGCCGCCGCCGCUCGGAAAAGAAGGCUACACACACACACACAGACCAACACCUACCUACCGUCGUGUGUUGAGCCGUGUGCUCGCCUCGGUUGAUGGUAUUUUUAGUUUGGCGGUAUUUGGCAUCGCGUUCGGAUGCGCGACUUUUAACUAACGCGCAUGUGACGCCACGAUUAGUCGCAAACGCGCCACCGGCACUUGGUCACCGAGAAAAAAAAUACCCGCCGCAUCGGAAUAUGCGUGAUGUACGAUCCGUCGGGCGUUUAUCACUACUCACCGCUACCGCCGCGCGUACGUAAUUACGAAUAUCCCUCAACCGCCAGCAAUAGCACCAGUUCAUCGCUAUAUCGCCCAUCGGCGCAUUCGUUCAGCUAUGCGCCGAAGAGGUCCACCAGUGGCACGAUGCUGGCGAGCGCAAGCACAACGCCAACGAUCACACCGUCAUCAUCAGCCGCCCAGCGCCGCGCGCGAUACACACGCUCCUCCACCACGGCGAGCGUAACGCAAAUCCUCAGCGAUUCAUGCAGCAGCCUGCUGCAAAAACUCUCAACGAAGGUGCGCGGACCAUCCGAACACUCUUCCCGCAAUAAAACACCCACGAAUAGCUACAGCAUACCGCUGAGCACGUCCGCAUCGACGAGUUAUGUCACGAAUAAUAAUAAUAACGCGACGAAACGCAUCGAGGAUAAAUACUUCUCCGUGUGGGACCGGAUCUACGGCAGGAAGAAGGAGGAACGCACGCUGGAGCCGUCAAUUGGACGCGGGUUAACUCUAUCGAAAAGUGCCACCACUGCGAAUGUUCCAACGCGGGAAACACCGCGCGAGAAAACACCCUACAAGACUCCAGCGGGCGCCUCCACCAUUAAUUUAGAUAGCAAUUAUCUCGACCGCCAUGUUGAGUCGAUUUACAACUCAUCGCAUCGGUUGAACGCGGCGACGAGUGCGAGUAAAUGUCGGCCGAGGCGGUCGGCGAAACCACAGCGCGAUUCGCAGACGAUCGAGAAGAAAUUGGCGGCGGCCGAGAUGAAAAUCGUCGAUAUUAGCAUCGAUGAUCCACUCAGCGAGCGUGAAACAAAACGCAAGGAGAUACAGAGCCUCAUUAUGAAAUACUCGGCGUUAGAUGAGGUUUAUAAUCGGGUUGGGAGUAGUAAUGAUGCGGUGGCGGCGGCGGGUGUUGCAGGGAGCACGAUUGCGGCGAGCGCGUCGAGCGCCAGUUUGAAUUUGAAGAGUAGUAGUAGUAAUAGUACACAUGCGAUUAAUGAUAAUGCAGUCGCGGGAAGGUACAGCAGCUACUAUCGGCAGUCGAAGGCGAGGGCGGGGGCGGCGGCUAGCUCGCGAGCACCAUCCAUCGAGGACGAUGAAGAGGGCCACCUCAUUUACCACGUGGGAGAUGUACUGCUAAACAGAUAUAAAAUCGACCAGACCUUGGGCGAAGGCACCUUUGGCAAAGUGGUGCGCGUUGAUGACCUAGACACUAAUCACACGAUGGCCUUGAAGAUCAUCAAGAACGUGGAGAAGUACCGGGAGGCGGCCAAGCUCGAGAUCAACGUGCUGGAGAAACUCGCCGAGAAGGAUCCUGAUUGUCAACACCUUUGUGUAAAAAUGUUGGAUUGGUUCAACUAUCAUGGACACAUGUGUAUCGCGUUCGAAAUGCUGGGCCUGAGCGUGUUUGAUUUCUUGAAGGAGAAUUUAUACCAACCCUAUCCAUUGGAUCAUGUCCGUCACAUCGGCUACCAGUUGUGUUAUUCAGUCAAGUUUCUACAUGAUAAUAAGCUCACACACACCGACCUCAAGCCGGAGAACAUCCUGUUUGUGAAUUCAGCUUUCGAAUUAGGUUACAACCAACGAAAAAGACGCACCGUAAAGCGUGUCCUGCGUACAGACGUGCGAUUAAUAGACUUUGGCAGCGCUACCUUUGACGAGGAGCACCAUUCGACGAUCGUCUCCACGCGACAUUACCGCGCCCCGGAGGUGAUUCUCGAAUUGGGCUGGGCACAACCCUGCGACGUGUGGUCGAUCGGCUGCAUACUUUUCGAAUUGUACCUCGGCAUCACGCUCUUCCAGACGCACGACAAUCGCGAGCAUUUAGCCAUGAUGGAGCGCAUCCUCGGCGAGAUUCCCACACGCAUGGCGCGCAAAACCAAAACGAAGUACUUUUAUCGCGGCAAACUCGAAUGGGAUGAAAAGAGCUCCUCUGGGCGAUAUGUUAGAGAAAACUGCAAGCCAUUAAUGCGUUAUAAGCAAAGCGAUGGCGUGGAACACGGCGAAUUGUUUGAUUUGAUCCUUCGUAUGCUCGAAUACGAACCAUCGCAGCGAAUCACGCUGCGCGAGGCAAUGCAGCAUCCGUUCUUCGAUAAAAUACCAACGCAUCAACGGCUGGGCGCGGCAGAGCGCGGCGGCAGCGGUGACGCCGCCAUUCGACGCAGUCUAUCCAUCCAGUCGCGAUAACAAUCGUGUGUAUGUGUGCGUAUGUGUGUGUCGAAGACUAUUUAAAUAAAUUGCGCGCAAAUAGCAAUCGCCGAUUCCUAUUUAAGUAAUAUGUUAAUGAAGAUAAUGUAAAGUUGUUUGAUAUGAUGAUGAUGAUGGCGGCCGAAGAAGCAACCAUUAACUCUGCAUUCUGUCUGCUGCACACGAAUACAAUCAAUUUAUAAAUUAGUAUAUUUAUUAUGAAUAUGGUUGCAAGACGGCACAGUUCGUGGCGUAUUUGUUUAUUGUAUUAGUUUAACAAUUGUUUGUUCAAGUCAUUUCAUUUGAAUUUUAUUUCUUUCAAUAAGCAGAGCGAAACGAAUGAAAUGUACGGUAGGAAGUUGAUUCUACCACGAUAUUUACACAAAUUGAGAGCUAUUUUCAAUAAAUGUCACGCAUUCUCAACCGAAAAGUAGGACGAGCCGAGUUGUGGCAUCUGAUUUACUUCUGUAAUAAUAUACUUUUCGAAUUUA